AUAGCGAUGGCAGGAAUAUAUAAGAAUGAGGUAUCUAUCCUGUUGUAUCAUUCCUCAUUCAAACACACAAUCUCAUCAUCUUCACUCACAAUAACCAACAUCUAAACCAAUCCUCUCAACUUUUCGUCAAGAAAUCAAUCUUCAAACCGCAAACAUGCAAUUCUCAUCUGCUAUCAUCUCUGCCAUCACCGUUGCUCUUGCAUCGGCUGCCGCCGUCGAGAAGCGCGACGCCGUCUACAACAUCUCCGAGUUCAGCGCCAGCUGCAUCCCACACAGCACCCAUUGCCUCUACUCCUUCUCCGUGAUCCAACCCGGCACCAUGGAGACCACCGGUGUCAAAUGCAGCGCUCUCGUCUCCGAGAACACCGACGGAACCCUCCCCGACAUCCCACAAUGGGGCGGAUCCUGCAUCGAUUCCUCCCGUUCAUUCUGGGUUACCCGCGAUAGUUCCGGUCUCAACUUCUUCGUUUCCCAACCGAUUUCCGUAGCUAGCAACGAAACUGCUACCCACUUGCUCCCCAACAGCGACUUGGUCAUGGUUGCCAACACCAUCGGUAGCACCCAGAGCUACAAGGGUCCUACCUCCUUCAGUUUGACCGCCGUCUACUAGAGAAAUUGACCGAGAUGGAAAAGCGCCAUGGCUUUUUCAACGGAAGUCUUUGUUUACCUAGUGAUCAUUGAUGGAUAUUAGCGAAGUUUUUGUUUCUGUUCUGGUGUGCGGUGUAGGAUGUUUUUGCAGUGUCGGAUGUUUGGUGUAGAUAGUACUGAGAGAAUUGUUGGGAUAGUAGAACUUUAAUAUAAUUACUUCCCACCCA